CUCUACCUCCCGCCCUCCUACCUCCCGCCCAUCUCUACCUCCCGUCCUCCUCUACCUCCACCCAUCUCUACCUCCCUCCCUCCCUCCUCCCGUCCUCCUCUGCCU